AUGUCUUUUAUUACAGGUGAUCAUAUAAGUAGAGCAAAUAUUUUAUCUCAAGAUUUUUUACUUUAUAUAACUCAUAUAGAAGAAUCAAUUAAUGACAUUGAGGAGUCUGACGAAAAAAAAAUUAUAAAUGAAUGGCUUCUAAUGAUAUUAAAAGAGCCUCGCUUAAAUAUAGCUAAGGCAAGGAUCCGAAACAUGGCCUUGUCUCAGUUGUUGUUUGAUAUAGACCAAAAUAAAUUGAGACAUCCAUUUAAUGAGAGACCGACAAAACAUGCAUAUAAUGAACUUAGGAAAAAAUUAAUUUUUUUAUUAGAAGGAAAACAGAUUCAUGAGUCAUUAAAUGAAACUGAGUCAUUACCUACAAAUAAUUCAGAUUGCGAAAUUUUAAAUCAAGAAUUGGUUUUGGAUGAAUUUUUAGGACAUUCGAUAUGUAACGAGGAACGCACUUAUACAGCAAUCAAAUGUUUACCAGAUGGUUCAGGUGUGUUUGGCUACGUUGCAGUUACAGUCGGUGAUGGGGUUGCACAAUGGUUAAACGCCAACGGCCAGCCGAUUAUAACACCUGAACCCUCCCCAAAAUUAUUAACUGUUCAUCAAGCUAAGCAAAAUAAUUGGCAAACAAAUUACUCACAAAUAGAUUUUGAAAUGAGUUGGCUCGAUGUUCUGAAAAAUCGGAGACCACCAGAUUCUCGUGAAAAUUCUAUAGAAUUUUACAGAAAAAUGUAUGAAGCCAUUGCACAGGAAAUGGUUACACAAGACAUACAUAAUGAAAUCUUAUGUCCGAAUCCUGUAGUUGAUCAAUUGCUGAACUAUUUAGUAGAUGACUUAAAAAAUAUAAGAAUAGAUGAUCCACGAGUGUUUAAUAGAGUCAACUUACUCUCAUUAUUGAAAACACAACUAAAAAAUGUUAUCAACAAAAUUGAAAAUCGUUCAGAAACUUUGGAAUGUGCAAUUAAGUCGUCAAAUCUUUCUCGUAUUAUUCAACUUCCUAAAAAAUGUUGUUAUGAUUUAGUUUCUAACGCUAUUUGGAACGAAAUGUCUGAACAACGACCUGGUACCAAGUAUAUGGAUAUUCUUGUAAAGAAUUAUCCAAAAGAAGUUCAUUCAUUAUAUUUAUCAGUAUUGAUACGUCAGAAACAACUAAUAAUAAAAAAUGUUAUUGAAAAAUAUUGUAAGAUAUUAGAUGACAUGUUUGAAGAUUUAGAAAAAGCAAUAUUAUCUAAAUUGUAUAAAUAUAAAAAUGCAAAAAGGGAAUGGUUAUUAGUUCAUCAAAUAAUUAACGAAUAUGUAAAUGAAAGAUUUUAUAAAAAUAAGUUACAUGCAGUUGAUAGCUCAAUAGAUGAAACGACAAAAACCUUUUUUUUAGUAAUUUAUAAUGAAAUGGAAAUGGCCCAAAAAAAAUUAAAGACAAUGAUUAAGAAGAAUAUUGAAAUAGCUGAACAAAUACCAAUAUUAAGGAUUGAAAUUGGAAAAAAAGAACAAAUUCAAAAUUCAAUGAUAAAUGAAUAUGAAGAACAGAUGGAAAAAUUAAAUAAAGAAAUAAAUAAUGAAAAACGUGAUAUCACUGUUCGAGAGCACACUAUUUGCGAGCUUUUAAAUAGAAAAUAGUUUUUAACUUAAAAAUAUUAAUGUCAAUUAAAGCUUAUAAAAAAAUAUUUUUUUAAACUUACUAAAACUAUUAUUUAUUUUCAAAGCAAACGAAUGAUUUUUGUUAUAUGUUAUGUAACUUUUUAUAAUUAUUUUGAUAUAAUUUUUCAAUUCAAAUUUAGAGU